CAUUUAUUAUUUUAUUGUGAUUGAGCUUUUUAACAUAUUAUUUUCAUCAAUACUCUAAUUUUAAAAAAGUUAUUCCGUAGUUGUUAAAACUGAAUGGAUCAAUGAUUUUGUUUUUAACGUGAUAUCUGUCUUCCAUUACGGUAGUUAUUAAAGGAAUUAGUUUUACUUAAACAAUAAAAUGAGUCAAUUAUGAUCAUGUACACAUUUUUAUAUUGCAUUACCAAUAAUACUCAAGUAUCUUACAAUUAUCUGCCCAUCGUUCAUUAUAUUUUAUCUUUUGUAACAGUAACUAUAAAAACAUAAGUGCUGGUUUCUUUCUUGUAAAACCACGGCUUAAAAUACAUGUGUCAUGACGGUAGACAUUUUUGAUGAACCAGAUGUGCAUUGCAAACCAAAUGCAUUAGUCGGUAAUUUUGGAUGGUUCCUACAAGGCCUUUUGGCUACAUUGGCAUUCCUCUGUUUAAUAAUAAAACGAUUUUGUGAACCAAAAUAUGAUCGACGACCCUGGAAAGUAUGGUUUUUUGAUACUUCUAAACAAGGAAUGGGGUCCUUGCUUAUGCAUUCAGCAAAUUUGGUUUUGGCUGGUCAAAUUCAAGGUGAUCCAUGCACAUGGUAUAUGAUUCAUUUUUUAAUGGAUUCGUCACUUGGUCUUUUAUUGAUAUUUUUUGGCAUACGAUUUUCACAACAUGUAGCAAGAGUAAAAAAUUGGGAAUCUUUUAACUUUGGAGAAUAUGGAAAACCAGAAUCAAUUAGGAUCUGGUUUAUUCAGUGUGGCUUAUAUUUGUCACUUUUAUGUUGUGUUAAAAUUGUUAUUACAUUGUUGAUUUCAUUAGACAUCUGGCGAGUUAUCACAAAAUUUAUCAUGUCACCAUUUACUGACCCUAGAACAGAAUUAACUAUAGUCAUGCUUAUUAUACCUCUAUUUAUAAAUGCUCUUAUGUUUUGGGUGACCGAUGACAUUUUGAUGCAUAGAAGUCGUCAUCGAGUUGGUUUAUUGCGACGUAUAAAAAUACAAUACCAUAAAGUUCAGCAAAGUGGUAGACUUGAAGAUUCACCUGUUUCUGAUGAUGAUGAAUUGCUCAAUCUAGAUGAAACAUCAACAAUUCUACGAUCUAGUGGAGUUCAGGGUUUUUAAUACGUUUCAUAAUUUCAUUUUUAAAUAAUCAUGCACUAUGGUAUUUACUUAAUUCCUCAAUUUUAAUCGACAUUCCUUCAAUGUAUAUUACAUAAUAUUAUACACCUCUUAAAAACAUAUUGUGAACAUUAUACAAUUUUCAAUUUUGUUUAUUACUUUUAUAUUUAUUUAUAUAAUUUAAUAAUAUGAGUACUAUUUUAUAUUUACCAAUCUUAAAAGUGCUAACAAUCAUUAGUUUUUACAAAUAUAUUAAAUUAAUUUAAAAUUAUAUAAUUUGUAUAGUAAUUUAAUGUUGAUAUACACAAUUAUAUAGUUAAAACUUGAAUUAUAUUAUAAUGUAUUCAUGUUUAAACCAUAAUUUCUUUGGUUUUAUGUAUUUUAAAAUUUUAAUAAACCAAUUUCCUACAAAAAUAUUUGGUAGACAAAAUAACAUAUCACACUGAUAGCAAUAUGCAUGGGAAAAUAAAUAAAUGUAUAUUUGUAUUGAACUGUAUUUUAUGCAUAUUAUAAUGUUUGAGUGAUGAUAGAUAUGACCAUCGACCAUGUCAAUUGUGAAGUAAUGAUUUAUAAAUUAAACCAGUACAAGUUGCAAGUCUAUCAAACUUAAAAAAAAAAACUAAUGAAAUAAUUACUAGAUUUUUCAGUCAACUUUUAUAAAUUGUAAAUUGUUUUAUCUUUUCUUAUAUAUUUUAAAGCGGAUGUUCGAAGCAAAUUAUUUCUAAUCCAAUAAUAUAGAUUAAGCAUAUUUAUUUUUGCAUACAAAAUGUUUUUCUUGUAAUUUAUUUUACCAUAGUAAUUAGUCCAAGAGCUUAAAUGACUGUGAUACAAAUUAUAGUAAUAUCAAAAUGUUAUAAAUCUAAAAUAUUAUAUCCUUAGCCAUACCCUGUUUUAGGAUUGUUAGUAAUUUUUUACUUGUAAAUUUUGUACUUGGUAAAAACCUAAUUGAUUAUAAAUAUAUAUAUAUAUUUUUCAGUAAUUUUAUAUACAAAUAUUAUAGCCAAAGUCUAAAUUACAUUUUUAUUUUGUAUCAAUAAUUUUCAGACAUUAAAAUUAUGUUUAU